UCAAGAUGACUUUGAUCUUCUGUCCAUCCUCGCCGUCGUCCUCGCCCGCUGCUCGCCUCGUCCACGGCACCACCGCAAGCUAGCCAACGAGCCAUCACCAACCCCGAGCUGUCUCGCUUCGGCCAAAUAUCGCCCUCCCGCCCUUUGGCCAUCACUUCCGAGCGCCCGCUGUCACUUCUGCUGCCGCUCCAAUAUCGCCGUCGAGCCUCGGGUUGGCGGUCAAACCGCCCUUGCAAACACGAAGCCGAGCCCGAGAGAUCUUCUCCUAUAACCUGUGUCGUUGCACCCAGAGACCGCGAGAAAAGCUCUGUCUGGCAGAUCUACAUAAACCUGACCUGUCCAUCCUACUGCCAGGCAAAGAACUGGCUGCCAGAGGCGAAAAAUGUUGACCCAGCAAGCGUGGGAUGUUGCCAUGCGGCGGCGGUUCAACUUCAAGUUCACCAGUUCGAAACGACCGUUUAUCUCUCCUCACCCCGCGCCUGUUGUGGAUGAAUCGAGAUACUACAAUUUUGACGAUACCCUGGCCCCUAUACGUCCGGGGUCGCCUCUGGCAGACCGGCCAGUAAUCGACCCUACGACGCUGGUGCACCUUCGACACGCCUGUAUCCUGCUCUAUCAUAGGGUCAAGAACCAGGGCCAGCCUGUCCGGUGUGCUGCCCUUCCUCAGCCGGAUCCGGGCUACUCCCAGCACGAACAUGAGCGUCACAAACUGGCUGCUCACCCACCAGAUAAACGGCCUAUAGGCUCCGUGGACGAAGGCAAUGCUUCUGGGAGGAGUAUCCCACCAGAGAGUGCAUCAUCUGGACGCCAUAGACCGCUUGUUCGGACAGACUUGCCGUCUUCCAGCUUGCCGCCUACUUCUGGCCCCGUGGCUCCCAAUAGCGCCAGCGUUGUUACCGACCAGCCUUCCCCGGAGAUGGGAAUACGACGGACAACAUCUGCUCCUAUGCAUACAGAGACUGGUAUCAUAGUCGAAGACCCUUCGUAUCCAUAUACAUCUCGGAACUGCCAGGUUCCCAGCGUCAGCCAUGGCACCAGCCUGCCCACAUCCCCAACCGGGCCUGCAGCCCCUGAAUCCUCCCUCCAAACUCGGCCGGAAGAUGCACCACACCCUUUCGCAGGUCGCACGGCUGGCAGACAGGGCUACCAAGACAGUGAUACAGAGACUCUCGCACCUACAGAAACGGAUAUUCGUCAACAUGCUGAAAGCACGCCCGGUCCUAUCAGCCAGAGCAUGGGAUUGGUGCCAGUAGCAACACAGGCCUCCGACGAGAGAUCUUCGUCGAGCUCCUCAAACUCUUCUACGGAUGCCACCAAUACCUCAUCAACCACAGUGACCGCUACCAGCACGUCCAGCGAUAUCACCGCCGCGACAAGUACCUCCACUCCACCGGCCACUUCUGCGAGUGCUGCGACAACUGCCAGCCAGCUGUCACGAGUGCAGACUUUUGUCAAGAAGCUUUCCAAGUUCGGAUUCAAUAAAAAGAAAGCAUCAAGCACCAACCGAAGAAAUAUGGGCUUGGGCAUGGUGGUUGAGGCUACCUGA